GUAGUCGUGCAUAACUGACCCCUUCGGUCAUCAAUGGCCCUUCUACUUCAACGCCUCAAUGCGGCUUUUCGUGAUGAUCCUGGCAUCGAUGAGUAUGCAUUGGUGCCAGCCGCCUGCCCCGAGCUUUUUGGCACAGAGGGUACAGAGGACCUGGGUUGCAUUGCAGCGCAGCAGAAACUGGCAAUUUCGAUUGAGGGGGCUUUGGUUCUCUACCUCCACGCCUUUCAGGCAAUGAGACGGGCAACAGCCAAUGACGAAGCCGUUGAAGCGCUUGAAAGCUCCAGAGCCGUCCUACUUUGCAGCGCAGACUGUGUGGGCGCAUGGAAAUGCAGGGAGAAGUUCUCAGCCCAUUUGAAUCCUGAGGCUGAGUUGCUGUUCAGUAGUCUCUUGCUUCGCACCAACCGCAAGAGUGGCGAAAGCUGGUCCCAGAGACGACGCCUGCUGGGUCACAUGUUGCAGACUGCACAGGAGGAGGAGAGACAAAGAUUGCUCUCGGAGGAGCUGGUUCUGCUGGAAGAGCUGGCAAAGAGGUAUGACCAUCACUACUAUGCCUGGAAUCACUGGGCAUGGCUGGAUCGGCAGUCGCUGGAACAUGCUCCAAAGACUGGGGCGCUGUUGCAGAUGGACUUCCCAAAACUGGCGUUUGCCACUCCGUCACACUAUGGGCUUUUCCAUCACAGGUUGGUGCGUUUGCAGCGACAAAUGGCAGGUCAAGCUUCGGAGGCCUCCAAGUCGCGCAUGGAGCUCGAAGGGUUGCCUGCUGCAGCGGCUUUCACGGAAGAGUGGAACUUGGCUUUGAAGCUCCUGAAGACCUUCCCACAUUUAGAGGCACCUUGGGCCUUUCGUGCCCAGCUCUUUGCUCUUCUGAUGGAGGCCUUGGACCAUGGGGCAGAAGCUGAAACCCAGAUGCAAAAAGUGGGCACGCUCUGGAAAGCAGAAGUGGAGCACGCGAAAAGGCACACCGAAGAAGAGGAGUCUCGGAGGUGGGCCCUGCAGUUUCAAGUGCAUCUCCUGCAGGAGUUGGGUUUCUACCUCCUUGAAGCGAUCGAUGACACCCAGGCCACUUCUUCGACCUUGCGAAGAGAUGCCCAAACCUCCCUGGAUGAGCUGAAGAGUGUGGAGGCAGCCUCCCCAGCUGUCUUGAAGAACAUCGCAAGAGAUCUGGAAGAAUGCAACCAGGGAUAUUCCUUGCUUCAAAAGCAGCGGCCAACAGGGCUGGGACCACCGAUCUUGAGGGAUUUUGGUCGGUUUCGCAGCGAUUUCCAGCGAUUUCCCCCGCUGUCAUGGCGUUGGCACAGAAUCUUGAGGCCUCAGUUGGAAGAGGCCGUUCUCCUAGUUUGGCGUGACGAGGGCCGACGUUCAGCCAACGCAAGCCUGCGCAUGCAUCGCAAGGAUCCCAAAUUCGAAGUUGUGAGGAUCGGCAACUCCUACUACAGGAAGCUUGUUGUCGAUGAGAACCUCAAGUUCAAAUGCGAAGAGAAUCGCAGAUACUACGAGGAAGAGGAGGAAGACGAGGAGGGCGAGUUGGAUGAUCAGCUCGCGUACGAGGGCGACGAGUGGGUCUUCCGGAUGGAGAUGCCGGCGAUCUUCCACAAGUUCAUCGUGGGAUCCAGAGCCAGGAAUAAGCAAAAGCUGGAGAUGGAGUCGGGCUGCAAGAUCGUGGUGCCCAAACGGGAGGAGCUGGAAGAUGCAGUUUACCUCCGGGCACGACAAAAGCAGCAGAUCUACAGCUGCAAGGCUCUUAUUGAGCUGUUGUGCGAAAAGGAGGAAGCCAAGUUGGAGUACACGCACUUCAUCUCGGUGCCCUUGGCGCACGACGACAAGUUCCGGCAGUUGGUGGAUCAGUUUCGAGAGGAUGUGGUGUUGCAGCGCUUCACGGGUAUCGAUGCCUCAAUCUUCAUGCCCUCCAGGCGGAUGCACUUCACCCUGUGCAUGCUGAAGCUCCACUCGCAUGCACAAGUGGAAGAGAUGAAAGAGGCUCUGAAUGAUUUGUCGGCCCGCCUGUCCGCCACCUCAGACUAUGGGCGGCCGGUCGCGGCCCACAUGAGGGGCUUGCACAUCAUGACCGAUGACCCCACCAGCGUCGGUGUAGUCUACACCACUGAUCGAUCCAGUGCUUUGCAAAAUCGCUUGAAUGCGCUGGCAGACAACAUGUUCGAACUCUUCCAGGCGCGAAACUUGGUCUCCUCGCAGAGUCUCAACUCGCAACGCGUCCUGUCCUCCGAUGGCCAACAUGCGGAGGUCAAGCUGCACGCCACGUUGAUGAAUACCAAGUAUGCGCGGUCCCGCUUCGAGGAGCGGUCCAGUGAACGCGAAACCUUUGACGCGAGUGUCUUGAUGGAGCGCUUUGGACAGACCCUUUGGCUCAAGUCGAUGUCAGUUGACGCAUCCUCCAAAGAAGCUGGUGGCUUUCCCACUGCGAGGAUGAAGUUUCGGCCUUGCAUUGACAUCCACGCGGGACAGGUGAAGCAAAUCGUGGGUGGGACCUUGAAAGAGGAUUCAGAUUCAUUGAUUACAAACUUUGAAGCAAACCAGCCAUCAAGUUACUUUUCUGAGCUCUAUCGCAAGGACGGUCUAGGUGGUGGCCAUGCCAUCAUGUUGGGUGCGAACGCCGAAAACCGGGCGACAGCACUCGAAGCGGUGAAAGCUUAUCCUGGAGGUCUGCAGGUUGGGGGUGGCAUCAACACCGAGAACGCUUUGGAGUUCCUUGAAGCUGGUGCCAGUCACGUGAUUGUGACAUCCUUCGUUUUCCAUGACGGGAAGAUGAAUCAAGAGCGGCUCGCAGCAAUGGUUGACCUGGUGGGAAAGAGCCGCUUGGUCCUGGACCUGAGCUGCCGGCGCGCGGCCGGCGAGGGCCGUCCCGUCUACAAAGUGGUCACUGACCGGUGGCAAAAGUGGACGGAUCUGGAGGUCAACGAGGAGACCCUGAAGGAACUGGCCCAACAUUGCGACGAAUUCCUGGUCCAUGCUGUUGACGUGGAGGGCAAGAUGAGCGGCAUUGAGGAGCCGUUGGUGGAGGUUUUGGCUACAUCUCCCAUCCCAGUGACGUACGCCGGCGGCAUUCGGUCGCUGGAGGAUAUGGAAAGAAUACGCACCUUAGGCUCUGGCCGGGUGGAUGCCACUAUCGGCAGUGCGUUGGACAUCUUCGGUGGGAAGCUCUUGUACGACGAUGUGGUGAAAUGGCACUACAAAGAGCAAGAGAGCGAUCCUCGCGAAUCUGCGAAGUGA